AUGAAGAAGUUCAGAAAAAAGUUACUGAAUUGGGGUCUCGUGGCCGAGUGGUUAGCGUGUCCGUCUACCACUCCCACGACCCGGGAAGAGAUAAAGGACAUGAUUUCUACACAACAGAAUAAAAUGUUGCAAAGACUUGAUGUUCACAGCAUUGAAAUAUCUACACUGAAUGAAAAAAUAAACAAAUUACCUUUUAAUAAUUCUGUGUUGGCUCCUUCUAAAAUGAAAAAAUGUUCAACUCCUAGUGAAUCUGAGAUCAUUUUACAAAAAACAUCUGUUUCUAAACCCUGGGUGGGCAUUCCUAUUUCUCAGUUAUCUAAUUCAGAUAAAGAUGUUAAAAUUGAAAGUAACUCAAAUCUAGAUUCUGUUUCUCAUGUUGAUAAAAUUGAAUUUCCUAGUUUAAUUCAAGAUUCCAAUAAUAAUAUGAACUCUGGUGCUGAGGAUAGUGAUGCUGGGUUUCAAAAUGUCACAAUCAGACGUAGAGGUACUAAACGACCCCAACUCUGCUUUCAGAAUCUGUAUACUGGAAAGUCAGAAAGAUAA